CGAGUUUGGGUUGUUACUCUUUGGCAAAUGAAAUAGUUACGUGUUGCUUUUCCAGUGAUAAUGCAUUUGUUUUCUAUUCUCGCCCUUUUACUUAUGGGGUAUGUGACCACGACUACAGGAGACUACAGUGACAGCUAUUAUUACAGACGUGUAUGCCCUGGCCAAUAUUUCAGCAUUCUAUACAUGCGCAAUUAUGAGUAUUUGUAUUUUACAUCAAGUAUACCCGGAAGCUCUGAAAAGCUGGUGGGAAACAGAACUCAUCUCUUUCUCCCUUCGUAUGGUUUCAAAGAUUACUACAUAUUCAUUCCUGAGGUAAUGAAACAACAUGAGGGACUCUACACUCGGAGUUUUGUAGACUUCCCCCGGACGUUUUUGCCAGUGGCCAAACUCAUUCUCAAGGACUGCGCCGUCCGUAGAGAAGUACCUUAUGGCGAGAACUUUAGUCUGGAGGUGCCAAAGGAGGCGUCCAUAUUGGAGUUCACCACCUCAAAGUCGACUGACCGCAGGGUCCUGUGGAGUCGUAUCAACACAGAUAACAAGCGCGGAGCCAGGGGGACGGUGGCACGUGAUCGCUGGGAGGCCGUCAAGAUCACCAAAGCCGAUGAAGGCCGCUACACUUUGCUGAAGGAGAACGGAGCCGAGGUCUCCAGCACUAAUCUCUUUGUUGCAGGACUCAACAAACGUUUGACCAACGAGGACAUCGAGAGAAUGAAGUUCCCAGUUCCCUUUGCCGAGGCAGUGCUUACAUUUAUUGAUUCCUCCAAGAAUAAGCAUGUGCUCUUCCAGAAUGCCAUGAUGACUGAUAAGGCAUUCCUAAUCUUUGGAUCUCGGAUAUGCCUAAACCUGCACGCAGAAGGUGAACUGGUCCUUACUAUAAAGGACCUGAAAUCAAGUGACAAGGGGCAAUAUGAGGUCCGCGACAAGAACAAGGGUCUUGCUUUUGUUCUGUAUGUCUAUUAUAACAGUGAAUCUUCAAAUAAAAAUCCAAAAGGUGCCCAGGUAAAAACAAUUGUUUCCAUUCUCGGUUCAGUGAUGUUGCUGUUGUUGUCCCUCUACUGCUUGUGGAAGAGGCUUCCCCCUGUUGCUUCACCAGACCCCGUGCAGCCCAUCCAUGUCCAUGAUCCCAUUGCCAUGCCUACACCAGCCUACUCCCCACCACAUCAGCCUAUGCCUUACUCCGAGGUGGCAGGCAGUUACUCUGAGCCAAGCUAUCCAUACACUCCUGCUGCUCCUUGGGCUUCAGUCGGAGGAGGAGGAGCAGAAGAAGCAGGAACAGGAGGAGGAGGAGGAGCAGGAGGAGCUGGAGCAGACAUCGAUCCUAAUGCUCCUAGUCCACUACUGUACCCAGCUGGGCCCCAGUACCAGUUCCAGGGGUGGGGUGGGGGUCUGGGUGAUGUUCUCACCAGUUCAGCUCUUAGCAUGGACACCAGCACUGGCACCAGUGUCUACAACUCAGACAAGCUCAACUUUUGACCAUCUGAUUUCAGAAAAGAUAUUUUUGUUUUUGUUUUUAUAUUUGCUCAUUUAACAGAUGCUUUUGCCUGAAGUCACUGCUUAGCAUAAUUACUGUGAUCACAAAAGCUCUUUCAGUAAGGACAGUGUAAGAUCUGUGGAACCUGCCGCUAUUGUGAAUGUAAUUAGUGUCUACACAGACCCGGUUUGGUGUUGCGCUAUGCAUGUUGCGACAAAGAAGGACGUGUAGACACUAAUUGCAUUCACAAUAGCGGCAGGUUCAAACACCGGCUCCCCAGGAAACAAACAAGCUCAACGUGAGCCUUUCAUGCUGCUAGUUCAUUACUCUGAUAGACUCUGUUGACCAUAUGGUUGAGAAGUUUUCAUUAGUCAUCAAAUGGAAGUAUGUAUUACAGUUUUUCUCAGUCGCUUUGGUACAUUUCUCGAAUCAUCCUUGAGAUUUGCUAAACAAAUGCAUUUCUCAAAACUAUUUACAAAUGGCAAAGCACCAUGGAUUACCUGCAAAAGCCAGUUUCUUGCUCAAAAUCCUUAGUCCAUCUCUCUUGUAUACGGAUAAGACAGUCAAAUGGCUUAGUCUUGUUGUCAGUAUAACAGUGUACUCUGGACGGAUGUUCUGAUGUAAGCUAUAUGGCUAAAAUUUUGAUGACAAUUUUUGUAAAUUGUAGGUUACAUCUUACAAUAAUGCAUGUGGGAGUUAGAUCGACAAUAUUGACAUUUACGCUUUUACUAUUUUUGUACUGUAGUUAGUUGACAGACCCUGUCAUUGUGAUACAGAAAGGAAAAGACAGCACUGCAUAGUCUAAAUAAGUCAAAAAUGAAAUAAAGUAGAAAUUUGACCAUAGGACAAUCUCCUUAGGGAAAACUGUAAAUGCAGUGUUGUAGGAAUUACAGUGCAGUCUUCCUACACCUCCUGAUGUUUCUGUCUUUUGGGCCACAAAUUCUCAUAUGACAACAUGUUCAACCAUUUUGCAUGUAAAGACUUAUACUAUGAACUAAUGCCUAAAUGUUGUGGGUGGUGAGACUAUUUAGCCCAGAAUUGUACAUGAUAAUUUGCAUGGAUGUACCAAAACAUUUGCAACUUGAUCAAAGGAAUUAGAGACUGCUUUUUUUGAUGUGCACAAGUGACACAAUGAUCUGAGGAUUGAACAGGUAGUUUUGAGAAUUUAAAUUCUGAUCUGAGAAAUGUACCAAAGCGACUGAGAAAAACUGUAAGUCCACAUGAACAAUGCAGGACACACAAACAAAUUAGAGCAUGUUUUUGGUGAGUUUGACGACUUACAGACGUUAAGAAUACUCUAUAGCCUCUUGUACUUGAAUACGAUGUAAUUUGCACUGCAAUGUACUUGUAAUGACACUCUCAUGCACUGUUAUACCAUUGCACCUUUCUGCAUUUUUCCACACUGCUCCUUUUAUAUAAGCUAUACCUUAUUGUAAUAGUACACUAUUGAUAUAUUCCUUUGUAUGUUUUGUUGUAUCUGUGUGCC